AUCCCAGUCUAAACAAGUCAAAAAAAAAAUAAACUUUUUGCAAUGAAUUUUAAGCUUUGCGAUGAUUCACCUCCGAGAAUUGUGUCCAGCAGUAUUAACUUUUUACCUUGUCUGUAUAUCCGUGGUAUGGUGAUAUGAUGGAAGUUGCAUGAACAUUCAGAGCGUUCAAGGGACUUUAGUUACUAACCAACAGUGGUACUGAAAACAUCUACUUAGUAUUUUGAGAAAAAAUAUAAUAUAAUAUAAUGGCUCCUAGCGGGUAUAAUACGGCAGUGACGAAAAAAUUUAUUGCUCAAGUGCAAAAGAACAAGUGUUUGUAUGAUCUUAACGUUAAAAAAAAUUUUAAUAACAAAGGUUUAGACAGUAUUUGGCUGGAAAUUGUUAAUAAAUGUCAUCUCGAAAGUGUAACUAAAGCUAGAAGGAAAUGGGGUUACCUCGCCGCCCAAUACAAAAAGGGUCUCGUAAAUCCAUUGAAAAAAUCAAUUUACCAUGAUGACCUUAAUUUUUUGUAUUCGUUCGUACAAACAAUUGAAGAUGUUGAAGAUGAUGAAGUGGAAUUCAUAAUGAAAAAAGAAUCUGAGGAUGCUCAAAACAGACCUAGGAUGAGAGAAAACUCUUAUGAGAGACCAAUGUCAUCGGCAUCAGGGAGGAAUAGCUUAAGACGUUUGUCUAAUGAAAAUCGUUCGUCAACGUCCUCAGGUCGUCAAUCAGUAUUUAGCAUGUCCGGUUACCCUUCUAUGUCAGUUGGCGGGCCCAGCGAAGCAAUGCAGAUUGAUAAUCCUGAAGACGAGUUGAAGCCUCUUUUUGAAUCUUGGUAUCGGUCAACUAAAAAAUUACCGCCGGAAUGGCAAAGACAUGUGAAGCGUCAGUUUUCUGAAAUUAUCAACGUUACUGAAGCGAAUGUUUCGAAUGAAAUUGCUGAAUAAUUGAAAAUCAAAAAUUAAUCGGAUGUUUUAUUUUUUUUUUAGCAAAUAAAAAUAG